AUGGAGGACCCAAACUCCGAUGACUGGCUGCCACCAGGUUGGACUGUGGAAGUGAGGGUGAGAAAGAAUGGUAAGAGAGACAAGUAUUACAUUUCCCCCUCAAGUGGACUAAAAUUCAAUUCGAAGGUAGAGGUAUUUCGUCAUCUUGACUAUGUUCAGAACAAAGCCAGCAUCCAGAGAAUCUCGCACAAUGUUGUAGUUGAGAAAGGUAUUGCAGAAGGGUUACCACCGGGAUGGAUGAAAAAGACCAGAAUCACAACAAAAGGAGACACGAUUAGAAGAGAUCCGUACUACAUUGAUCCUGUAAGUGGCUAUGCAUUCCGCUCGAUAAAAGGUGUUGAACACUAUCUUAAAUCUGGGGAGAUUGGGAGGAGGAGCGCAUUCAAGCCAAAAGACCAAGAUGACAGUGAUAUAGAGUUAAAAGCUGACAAAUUCUCUUCAGCAGGUGUAAGCACAAAACCGACAUUAUCAGUUAGCAUGAGUCACAGCUCAGAUUUUGACAUGAUAGUCAAUGACCAACAAGUUCCAAGACCUGCAAGUGUAGGGAAAUAUACUCCAAUGCCUAUCUCUGAACAUAUUUCCAGUGCAGUGGGCACAGAAUUGACCAGUUCAGUUCUAUCACGAGAUGAAAGUUCAGAUCAGAAAGAAGGGAAGGAUGGUUUAACUGGAAGCACUUUAGUUCCUGGUUGCACAGAUGAAGAUGCCCAAGAGAACCCAGUUCAAGAAAAUGCAGAGACAAAACAUGGAACUGAAAAAUCCCAAACCCGAAAUCGCCAGCGCAAAUAUAAGAAAGAGAUAAAUUUACCUCGCCGUGCUUCAAAGCGUCUUGCUGGAAUUAAGGUUGAUCCAGUUCCAGAACUUAAAACAAGAAAUCGACCACGUCGAGCUGCAGUUAAACAAUCAGGUGAGGAAGAAACCAUCAUAAAUGCUGAUAAAUCCCCAAACAUCUUGCCUAAUGAUCUUGCAAAACAGUGUAAUGUACUUGGAGAUGAGUCAGGAAAUGGAAACAAGGUUGAUGCAAUGUUUGAUUACAACCUUGACAUUCCCCUCAGAGAAAUACUAACAGAUCCAUGUAUUGCAUUUGCAAUACAAACUCUCACUGGAGUAACAUUUGAAACCUCCAAAAACUCUCAAAUUUCAUCUGAAACUUUGGCUGCUGCUGAAGGGAAUGGUAAGAAAACCAAUGGGUUGAAUGAUGAUAAGGAAAGAUGCAAUGUGUUUUCAUCUCCAGAAAACUAUGCCAUUCCACAACAAGAAGCUGGUGUUGCAAAAAAUGAUGAUAAGGCCAAUGAGAAUGCAGGAUCAUCUUCUGAAAAGACACUUGGUAUUUCAUGGAUGGAUCCAUGUAUUGAAUUUGCAAUAAAAACUCUCACUGGAACUGUCCCAUUAGAUUCUGAUCAAAAUCCUAAGAACUGCCUUCAACAGCAACUGAGCUCAUCAAACACCCAACAUAGUGACAUGGCCUUGUCAAGUGAUCACUAUUGCAACCAAUACUUUGGCACACAGAAUCCAAUGUUUAGAAAGUCUUUUGUGGAUCCAACAAUGCAACACACCAGAAAUGUUGGCAUGGGAAAUUCUGCAGGAGCCAGACUUCCACAUUGUGGUGAAGAUAGAAGGAAUGUUUGCUAG